AAUGGGGUCAAAUCCCUAUAAAACCAAUCAAGUGUACGCCACGUGAAAAGCCCAAGACUUCAAGUUCAACGUCGUGAAGAAGAGGCAAAAACCUAUUUUUUUUUUUUCAGAUCGGGCGGUUUGAUCGGAGAAUUUAACCAUGUUCAACCGGCUUUUUGGAAAACCCAAGCAAGAAACUAGUGCUCUAACCACGUUAGACAAAUUAAAUGAGACCCUUGAAAUGCUAGAGAAGAAGGAGAAGGUACUUCUCAAAAAGGCUGCUGCAGAGGUUGAAAAGGCCAAGGAAUUCGCCAAAGCGAGAAACAAGAGAGCGGCUAUACAGUGCUUGAAGAGGAAGAGACUAUACGAACAACAAAUAGAGCAGCUUGGGAACUUCCAGCUUCGUGUUCAUGAUCAAAUGAUAAUGUUAGAAGGUGCUAAAGCCACAACCGAAACUGUAGAUGCUUUGAGAACCGGAGCUGCCGCAAUGAAGGCAAUGCAGAAAGCAACGAAUAUAGAUGAUGUUGACAAAACAAUGGACGAGAUCAAUGAACAAACCGAAAACAUGAAACAGAUCCAAGAAGCACUGUCAACUCCUAUUGGAGCUGCAGCUGAUUUUGACGAGGAUGAAUUGGAGGCAGAACUCGAAGAGCUUGAAGGUGCUGAGUUAGAAGAACAGCUUCUCCAGCCUGCAACAACAGCUCCUGCAGCACCAAUUCAUGUGCCUGCUGGAAGGCAACCGGCUCGUCCUAUUCCUCAAAAGCGCCCAGCUGAGGAAGAUGAACUCGCCGCAUUGCAGGCUGAGAUGGCACUUUAAGGCAUACAGUAGGGAAUUUUUGCUUGGCCUACGGAAAAGAGACGCCAUAUUUGUAUUAUUGAAUGUGUGCAUUUAAGGUUUAACAGACAAUGUACAAAUUUAUCUGUACUUUGCUUCCUUUAAAAGAAAACCAUUGAUUCAAAGUCCUUGUACCUAUAUUGACUUGCCUUGUAAUGUCAACAACUUGGUGACAAAAUCGUAUGGAAAAUGAGAUUUGGUGUUUUUUAGCUCUCCCAA